AUGGAAAAAGGCACCGCCAAGAAUCCCGAAGCGUUGCUUCAUCAGAUUCUCAACAACGAAACCUCUUCGUUAGCACAAGUCGGGCAGAAACCUUCCAGCUACUAUUUGACCCAUCGAGAAGAGGCAAUCUAUUGCGAAAAAGCUGAUGCUUGCUUUGUGAACAACCGUGCCGAACUGACCAGAGUCAUUGCCACGGCUGUUGGUGGCCAGAAGAACAUUGCGGAAGCUGUCGAGAUGGCGCAGCUUCAGGGCGAAGAACCUUUCUUUGAUGGCGGAAUCGUCACGUUUGCAGCUGAUGGAUCUAUCACCCACGAGAAGGACGUUGGCCAGUCUAAUGGCCAUACAGAAUCUGUAGACAAUGAUGAGCAACACGACAGCGUGGAAGAAGAAAAGGGCAAGGACCAGGACCAGGGCAGGAAGGCCAGGAUGCCCCCGAGGAAACUGGAGCGAGGAUUUGAACGUUUCAAGCUGGAAACGUUCAAAAAAUUUGGUGUGCUGAAUGCUGCUAACUCCCAGUUCACAUUCUCUUUUGGACCGCAAGAGCUGCCCAGAGUGCUAUCAGGCGAAGACACAGUCAACGAUCUUAUUGAGGAAAAUCUUUUUGAUCCAAAGGAUGAAGUUGAGCCAAGGUUGAAUCUCAAUGUCCAAGUGGCACGAGUUGUCUACCCAGAAGGUUCGGUUGGACGUCCGUGUUCCAAAUUUAUCAUUCACUGCUGGUGGGAGGAUGAUGAGUCCGGGGAUGCGCCAGAGGUUCAUCAAGGAGUGUACCUGUUGGAGUCUCGGGCAGAAUUUGCAAGAAUGUUCGAACUCUUCUUUGACAGCGCUAUGAAGAAGCUGAGCUUGGACCCAUCCCUCCAUCAUAUUGUUUUCUUUGCUGGAUCAAAUGAACAUCCCGUGGUUUUGCAUCGCACUGAUUCAUUCAAAGGUCUUCUUGAAGACAAGGUUGAGAUGCGAUGUAAUGAGGGUGGCUCUGAGGACGACUCUGAGGACGACUCUGAGGACGACGAGCAAGUGUGUUGCCAUUUUACCGCUCUUCUACGACAAAAUAGAGUAACGUGGAAGGACGGUGAUGACUCGUGA